AUGGGGAACGCCAACACGCGCCUGCUGCAGCGCCACUCGCGACUCGCCCUAGCGUUGCUGCUGCUGUACAUUGGCCGCAAGCUGCUCGGCCGCUCCAUUGCAUCGAUCUUCAUGCGCUGGCACCUGCUGCGCGCCGCCGAGACGCCGCGACUCGUGUACCGCUCCACGGACGGCAACAAGAAGCUGCUGGCGCACUGCCCCACCAUCACGAAACACAAGUACUACCCGCCGUGGCGUCUGUUCAAUGGCCACCUGCAGACCGUGCGCUUCGCCUACGACGAGCGCGGCCCCGAGAUCAACUACAAGCGCCAGUUGCUGAGGUUGCCUGACGGUGGCGUCGUGUCGUUGGAUUGGGCGCUUCUGCACGCCCAGGACGCACCGGCGCAGGUUGGAGACCUCAACAAGUCGGUCUCGGCGUCGUCGACGUGGCUGCCCGAUGUGGAGCCCGCGCGACGCACGGUGAUAUUGUUGCCUGGACUUACGGGCGGCAGCCCAGAGAACUACAUCCGCAGUACGAUUGCUCGCCUUCAUGAGCUUGGUUGGCAGUGUGUGGUAUUGAAUGCUCGAGGGUGCGCCAACACCCCCGUGAAAACUGCGCAGCUGUUCUGUAGCGCGUACACCGGCGACCUGCGCUUUGUGCUGCAGCAACUGAGCGAGAAGUACGAGUUUGCGAAGGAGGCGUUCGUUGGAGUGGGCUUUUCGAUGGGAUCCAAUGUAUUGGUUAAGUAUUUGGGAGAAGAGGGAGACAAAGCUCCUCUAACUGGCGCGGUCUCGGUCGGAAACCCGUUCGACUUGGCGAUCUGCUCGGCGAACUUCGGUGGCUCGCUGUUUAACCGCAUGACGUACGAUAAGGCCCUCAACUCGAACCUCCGCGAGCUCUUCUUCAACAAGUGUAAUGCAGCAGAGCACUUUGUCGAUUUCCCUGGCGUGGACCUAGAGGCUAUCAAGGCCAGUCGCACUGUCCGAGACUUUGACGAUACGUUGACCAAGUACGUGUUCCACUACAACACUGUGGACGAUUAUUACAACGAUGCUGGUUCCGUCAAGAAGCUAGGCGACGUGCGCGUGCCGUUGCUGUGCAUCAAUGCGGAGGACGACCCCAUCAGCAUCAGCUCAGCUUUGCCGAAGGACGACGAGGUGAGGUCCAACCCGAACGUGAUCCUGUGCACAACCAAGUCGGGCGGUCACUUGGCGUUCUAUGAGAGCUCUCUCAGGGACCACGCCGAGCAAGAAAAUAACAAGUCGCAGAGCAAAAAGCAGUCGAACAUGUGGACUGUGAACCCCAUCGCCGAGUUCGCGGAGGCUGUUCGGCUGAACAAGGUGGAAAAUGUGUAA